UCCAAAUAUGGGAUGUAAAGGAGGUGUAAUGCUUGCUGUUAGGUUUCUGACUGUCGAUGAUGUCUGGAAGAGUAUCUCUUCUGAAAGAUUUUCUUUGGUUGGGUCAUGUUGGAAGUCUGUGUGCCAAUGCAGAGCAGAAGAUUCUGGUGUAUGUUCUCGUUUGGCUACACAGUGGCUGGCUGUUGCCAACAGAUCCAGAGAGGGGGAUUUUUUCAUCGUGUCUAAUUCACACUUUAUUCCUUCACACUAAGAGAAAAUUAUUCCAAAAUCUGUAGAUGGCCUAUGGUACGAGCAGUAAAAAUUACUUGAGUCUUGAACUCAUUGGAAUGGGGAAAACCUUCUGUAAUCCAAACCCCUUUUUAUGUACAGUAGAAUCUGGAUGCUUUUGCUGGUAAAGUUAAAAAUGUAACCUGUCUCAGCAAAGGAAUGUUAUUGGUGAAAGUAUUGAUGAAGACGUGCUGUUGAAGACCUGGAAUCCUGUUCUAUAAAAGUGGAAAGACAUGCGGCUCUGAAUUCUUGUUCCAGAUGGUUAGGACUCACUUCCUUGAUGGCAUUUCUGAGAAAGCAACAUCAGGGUUACUCAGGUCAUUUUGUGUGUAACGCCUGCUGACUCCUUACGAGAGAGGACAAGAAACCAAUCUCGCUUUCCGCUGUUGCUCACGCUGGAAGUCCCUACCUCGCAAACUCAUAUUUGCAUCUGAUACAAGGCAACUUCCGCAGCAAACAUGACAAAACCAGCUGUCAGGGUGAUGUGCCGGGGUCAGUACGUUCAUGAUAGGAGGUGUGGCCAUUUGUUAACCACAGCGUCUCUCGUGGAACAUCGUGAUUAGAUGGCGGUGCUUUCAAGAAGUCUAAUUCUAGUGUCGUUGUUGUCCAUUAUGGCGUUAUGUUCCUCAUCAACAGUUGCUUUUGUGGAAGAUGAAGAAGAUCGUGACUUUGACGGAACCCCUUCAUUAACUCAUGAAAAAUCAGAUGACAGUUUGUGUGGAAUUGGUUCCGUGUGCACACCCAUUGGAAGCUGUGCACUGUUGCAAGAUCUCAUGGAACAAAGUUGUCUAAUAUCUGAAAAAUUGGGAGCACUGACUUGUGGUUACCGGGGAAAUGAAGUUUUGGUAUGCUGCCCCCAGGGAAGUUCUAACAAUCCUUUUACGUACCAUCAUAUAAGUUCUCAAGCAUCUUCUUCAUCACAGAAGAAGAUAGCGUGUGGGCAGCCGUUAUUCAACAAUAUAAAACAAGGUGGAAAUGGUGGUCUAGGAUCACAUCCGUGGGUUGCACGCGUUGGAUACAUCAAUGCGAAGACAGGUCGCAUGACUUACCCUUGCUGUGGGUCCAUUAUCUCUGACAGAACUGUUCUGACAGCAGCACACUGUGCCCUUGCCAAAGCAGACAAUUACCAGCUGGCUUCAGUACGAGUUGGCGAGUAUGAAGGAAAGGGAGAUCCUGACUGUACUAAAAGUUUUUGUGCCCAUCCUGUUCAAGACAUUGCUGUCAGUCAUGUGAUUGUCCACCCAGGAUUUGAACGCAAGAUCUUCAAACAUGAUGUGGCUUUGUUGAUACUUAACAUACCCAUGAAUUUCUCAGUGGCUGCUUUGCCUAUCUGCCUCCUAGAAAACUCCAAUGUUCCUUUGGUUGGCCGUAGGGCUUCACUUGUGGGAUGGGGUAAGACCCCAGGGCAAACAGCGACGCCAAGCCGCGAGCAGUUAUUGGAAUUACCAAUUGUACCACUUGAUCAGUGCAACAAGAUUUACAGUCAAGUGAUACCCGUUACUCAGAACCAGAUGUGCGUGGGCGGUGAAGCUCGGAAAGACGCGUGCUCUGGUUUCGGAGGAGCACCGCUCAUUCUGCUUGAUCACUACUCUCGGAGCAGAUAUUAUCAGGUGGGCAUUGCAUCAUUUGGUUCAAACAAAUGUGGAACUCAAGGAGUACCUAGUGUGUACUCCAGCGUGCAUCGCUAUGCUGAGUGGAUACGCAACAACAUGGUAUAGGCGUCGUAUACAGUAGGGGUUUAAUGGUUUCACUGAAUCAUCUAUUUAAGACUUUCAGUAAUUAACUAACUCCCUCCCUGGUAGCAAUACCUGCAGGUCCAACCCCGACAACUACAAAGCCCGCCACCGGCCACGGUCCUAAGCUGACUCCAUCCGUAUACCAUCCUCGCAGCCUACCUCCUUAAGAUCAUCUUGAUAUUAUCCUCCCAUCUCCUUCUUUGUCUGCCCAGUAGUAGUUUUCCAGAGGAUUCCCCAUCAAAAUUCUGCAUGCAACCCCAUGUACAACCUGUCGGAGCCUCCUGGAUAUUUACUAUCCUCACUGUGCUAGGUGACCCGUACAAUUCACGCAGCUCCUCGUUAUGUAAUAUUCUGAAUUCCCCGCUUAUUUCAUCCUUCGAAUGUCCAAAUAUUAAAUAAAAAUAUUUGUAUUUCUGUGUGUGGCUAUAAAUUGUCACGGAGUGCAACAUGAAGAAGAUGUGAUAAAGCUUCAGUUCUUGUACAGAAACCUAAGAUUGAGAACAUUUUUACUAAAAUUAAGUACUUACAGCAUUUUUCCCCCAUUAAAACAUCCUCAUCGUGAUUAUGUAAGAUUGAAGUCAGAUAUGCGCAAAAUAUGAAGCUUUAUCAUGGUGAACAUAAAACACGCUUAUUCACAUGUAAAAUUAAAUUUACUGUUUAAUUCAUGUAAAUCCUGAGUAAUAUUUUCCUGCUUGUCUCGUUUAGUAAGGAAAACGCAGCUUAUUGGUAGUUUCCAACUUCUGCUUCAUUUUACGUAUAAUUUCUUUUCACUAAUUAACAAUUAAUUUAGUUCCAUCUUUAAUAGGUAUCGCAAGUGUAACUUCUGGAGAUAAUUGGUUGUCGUAGAUGCAUAUUAAAAUUUCUGUGUCGAGAUUG